GUUUAGCCGACUGUCAGCAUCACAAUCAACACACACAGCUAGUCAACAUUUCAAGCCCACGCAGGGUUUCGCGAGCAUGUCCUCGUCAAUCCAGGAGGCCGAUUGCCGGGAGAUCGUCACAGGACUCAGGCAGUAGUGCAACGGAACCUGUACCAUACCGAAAUUCAUGCCAAAGCCCAGAGUACUACAAAUGAUGGGGCCCCGCGCUACAAAAGGCUGCGCACUGUGCAGAACGAGCUUUUGGACGUGGCGGCGCCCGUUCCUCGAUCUUCCAGGGACCUCUACACAAGCGAGGGUAGCCGGAUAUUGAUCAUGAAGCGCCUGUCGCUCUCGUCAUGUCUGCUAUACCUGCUUGCACUCCGCAGCCAUGAGGUCACUGCUGUUGCCAUACGCAGAUCACCGACUUUGCAUGACCGGGCACUCGAUCCAUACACAUUACCGCAGAACGACUCCAGCUCCCUGACGAGGUCACUGGACAUCACGACGAAACAGCUGGGCUAUCUGUAUGGUCCACCCGUCGCCGGCGGACCUUACUUUCCUACCGGUGUCUUGGGCCUGGCCAAGGUUGCGGCCGACCAGGUAGAGAUUCAGCUCGACGAGGCGCCUGUACUUGCGGCCACUGCUGUUGAUGCGGCAGAUAGUACGCUAUCCGUUCUCCAGUACAAGGGCUUGAAGACCUUGGACGACUACACUCUGCUGUACGACGGCCAUUGGAAGACCUUCCUCCCGCAUGGCCCGGUCCCGGGGAUCCUGACGAACUACACCCAAGACCUGCUGUUCUCCAUGGAGCGCCUGUCGCUGAGCCCGUACCAGGUGAGAAGGCUCAAUCCGUCCUCGGAUACGUUGCAGUUCACCAUCGACGACGAUGUUGCGACAAACAUCACGGGCAUGACGCUCCAAGAACUGCUCGACGCCGGCCGUCUCUUCUAUGCCGACUAUCGAGAUCAGAAGAACCUCACACCGACCGAUCGACAUUCGGCCGCAUGUGAUGCCUUCUUCUACAUCAAUCAGACGUCCAGCGACUUCUUGCCGCUGGCCAUCCGCACCAACGUAGGAUCAAACCUCAUCUACACGCCAAACGACGAGCCGGACGACUGGCUGCUCGCCAAGAUCAUGUACAAUGUCAACGACUUCUGGUAUGCGCAAUGGAACCAUCUUGCCAGCACCCACGAAGUCGUGCAGAUUGCCUACCUGGCCGCCAUCCGCACUCUGAGCGAUGAACACCCCGUCCUUGCUUUGCUGAAUCGUAUCAUGUACGAGGUCUACGCCAUCCAGCCACUGGCCGCAACUCUUCUGUUCCUCCCCGGCGCAGUUGUCGAUCAGGUCUUCGCGUACACGGGCAUCUCGGCCCAAGAGUACUCCACCGAUUUAUACAAGAACGGCGGCAGCGGCCGCUUCGAGUCGAAUUACUUCAUGACCGACCUCGAGACUCGUGGACUGGUCAAUUCCGACUUCGGCCCUGCGUUGACGAGCUUCCCUUUCUACGAAGAUGCUUCAACGAUCUACAAGGCCAUCCAUGCCUUCAUGACAUCUUUCGUCGAUUCAUACUACUCCAAAGACUCGGAUGUUGUGGCCGACAAGGAAAUUCAAGCGUGGGUGAAGGAGGCCCAAGGCCCAGCUGAAUGCAUCGACUUCCCUUCCAUCACGACGAAGAGCGCCCUUGUUGAUGCUUUGACGCACAUGGCCCAUCUCGCCUCGACAUCGCACCAUACCAUCAACACCAACGAGCUGAUCUCGGUCAGUUCGACCCUGCCGUUCCACCCGCCGUCGUUGUACCAGCCACCGCCCACGUCCAAGGGGGCCACGGACUUGGCGCAGUAUCUGCCGCCGCUCGUCAAGGUCGAGGAGCAAUUCUCUUUCGCGACCCUUUUCGCGCGCCCGUUCUUCGUCGGCACGGAUCGUACGCUGAUGCACAUGUUUGACGACGCCGCGAUGCUGGGCCGGAUGAACAACGUCACGCAAGGCGCCGCGGCCACGUUCUUGGCCAGUAUGCAGGCCUUCAGCAAGCAGGUCGCGGCGCGGACGUUCGAUGAGAAUGGCUUGUCCCAGGGCAUGCCGUUUGUGUGGCAGGCGCUGGAUCCGAAUGUGGCGCCUUAUUCUAUUACUUCUUGAUAUACUUAUACUAUUUCCGGACACGGAUCUCGACUAUUUUGUACUCCGUACGGAGGGAUGAUUACUACUUUAUGGAAUGUCAUUCGAAAACUUUACGGGAGUAAUUCUUGGUCAAUUCUGUCCUGAACUUGGUUCUCAGAUAUAAUUUUACUGAGCAUGAGAAUAUCGUGGAUGUACAGUACCAUCAAAAUAGUACAAGUUGCAUCAUCCGUACCCCCUUACAGGUAUGUAUAUGUAUAUAUGGUGGAAGCUCGUUCCAAUGGUGUCAUGCGUGCCAGCUUGCAUGCUCAACAUUUCGCUGCAGAAGAAGCAUCAUUGCACCGAGACCUCAGACC